GGGCCAAAAAAUGCAACAAAGUACGUAAUGCUAUAAAGCAAUUACUUUGGUGCUUUCAGUAGACACAACACGAAAAACAUUCUCCAUCAACCCCCAAAAACAAUUGAGUUGCUUGCUUCUUAUAUUGAAGUUUUUUCUUUUGUCUUUUCUUUUAAUGGAGAUAGAAUCUGUGAGAUGCGAGUGUUGCGGAUUGAUGGAAGACUGCACACAAGACUACAUUAGUGAAGUCAAAUCUAACUUCGACAACAAAUGGCUCUGUGGUCUCUGCUCUGAGGCCGUGAGAGACGAAGUGAGUCGCCGGAAGAUGACUACCGUUGAUGAAGCUGUUAGGGCUCACAUGUCCUUUUGUGGGAAGUUUAAAGAUAAUCCGGCGGUUCUUGUCGCCGACGGUAUGAGGCAGAUGCUAAGGAGGAGAUCCGGCGACUUGACUUCCUCUGCUUCCAAGAAAGUUGGCAGAUCUAACUCCACCAAGCUGUACUAAUUAAUGAUCUUUUCAUGUUUUAUUAAGUGAUUAAUAUAUAAUCGUUGAUGUUUUUUGUUUUUGUUUAGGGGGUGUUAUUGGAUUCUAUAUUUAUAAAGAGUUUUUGAGAUUUGUAUUUUGUAAUAAUUCUGGUGUUAUUGCAUUAAGACUUAACAAAACUAUUUUAAAGUCUGGUGUUAUUAGUUUAAAGAUUUAUAAUAAGUAAUUAAAAGUUUUUGAAAAUCUAGAGUUAUUGGAUUCAUUAUUUUACAAAAUCAAUAAAAAUCUUGUGUUAUUCAAAAAGAAAGAAAAAAACUGAUUUAUCAUUAUUUUGAAAUCUGUUGUUAUUAGAAAACUGAUUUUCGUUUUACAAUUUGUAUGAUUUUUUUUUAUUUUGCAAAAAAUAUAUAUUUAUAAAGUUUUAACAUGUUUAAAAAAGUUGUAUAUUUUUCUUUCACGCUCCGUUUGACUCCGUUCCUACAUGAUCUCCACGUCGGCCUCGAACACAUCAACAAAUCUUUUGCCAGUUUGUCAAAAUCUUUUAAACGAACUCAUCACCGCAUGAGAAGAUUGGUCUCUCUCACGUUCCAAAGCAAAGCAUCUGCUAUAAGAAAGGCAAAAAGUUUAAGAACCAAAAACGAAAAGUGAUGAAGUCGCUGAUUUGUCUCUCUCUCAUCCUCCUCCCUUUGUUCUCGGUCGUGGAAGGCCAAGGUAUCGGUAGCCCGAUGCUAAAGAAGGUUGAUGAGGAAGUCGUUUUGCUGGCAAUGUUUGCAGUCUCGGAGCAUAAUAGGCAGUCGAAGGCGAAUCUUGUUUACAGAAAUGUCGUCCAGGAAACCAUGCAAGUUGUCCACGGCUUCUUGUACCGACUUAUCAUUUCGGCGAAAAAUGGGAGCCGUGGUGCCGUCAAAAAUUACGAGGCCGUUGUGUGGGAAAAGCCACUGGGCCAGGGCCAACACUCCAAGAUCCUUGUGUCCUUCAAAGAGUGUAAAAAUGUGGCUUUUGUAAAUCGAUUACAGAUGUAUGUAUGUAAGCCAAUGAGUUAAGAUUUUGACAUCACAUUGUUGUUGGUGUAAUGUUUUUUGAAACAUGAUGAAUAAUGAGAGACAUGUUACUAAUAGA